AUGGCUAUGGCUUCAGUUCCUUUGGCGCUCGCCGUGCCGGCGGCUGCUGCUGGGCUCGCAUAUCUCAACGUCAAAACCGGGUUCUGGUAUGACAGGACGUUGCUGCGCGCCACUCUUCCGGCAACAUAUCGCAAUAUUAAGCGCGAGCGGAGUGAUCGCUGUAGUACAUUCUACGUCCUAGAGCAAAAGGCAACAGACAAGUCAACGAGAGAUCGGCCGUACAUUCUCUUUCAAGAUAAAUCAUGGACGUUCCGCCAGGUUUAUGAAAUAGCGUUGAAAUAUGGCAACUGGUUCAAGACGAAGUUUGGCGUCAAGCCAAAAGACAUUGUCGCUGUUGAUCUUCAGAACUCGGACCACUUUGUGUUCGUCUGUUUCGGGUUGUGGUCUAUCGGGGCGAAACCGGCAUUUAUCAAUUACAACCUAACCGGGCAGCCAUUAGUCCACUGCGUCAAAACAGCAGAGCCGGUUCUCAUGCUAGUUGACCCCGAGGUCGCUUCUAAAGUUGACGACGGAGUUCGCGACAAAUUAGGGAAUUUGCGAAUCGAGCUGCUCACGGAUGAAUCAAAAGCGGAAGUGUUCGCCGCCGAGGCGAUACGGCCGCCAGAUUCUCUCCGUGGCGGUCAGUUGGAUAAGGAUAUGGCCAUUCUCAUAUAUACUUCUGGCACGACCGGGAUGCCAAAAGCCGCCAUCGUAUCCUGGAAAAAGUUGUCGGUCGUCGGGUCAUUCGCCGGCUCUUGGUUGGCUACGAAACCCUCCGACAUAUUCUAUACGUGUAUGCCUCUUUACCACAGCUCAGCGACAAUUAUGGGAAUGUCCCACUGCUUAGAAAGCGGUGCUACAUUGGCGCUAGGCAAGAAAUUCUCAACUAAAACGUUCUGGAAGGAAGCUCGCCAAUACAAGGCAACCAUGAUUCAAUACGUAGGAGAGACGUGCCGCUACUUACUUGCGGCGCCACCUCAGAUCGACCCCUACACAGGCGAGAAUAUGGAUAAGAAGCAUAACGUUAAACUAGCAUUCGGCAACGGCCUACGCCCGGACGUUUGGAACAAGUUCAAGGACCGGUUCGGAAUCGACGGGAUCGCCGAAUUUUACGGAGCAACGGAAGGCUCGUUAGCAUUGUUUAACUAUUCGCGUAACGAGCUGGCGAGCGGUGCCAUCGGCUACGUAGGAUUACUCUACACGCUAGUCGCCAUAAUAUCCUCCGCCAUCGUAGCGCUAGAUCCCGAGACGGACACACCAAUACGGGACCCGAAAACGGGCUUCUGCCGACGUGUUAAGAGGGGCGACGUCGGUGAGCUUCUAUUCAGGUUGCCAGGCGAACCAGAAGGAAACUUCCAAGGAUAUUACAACGACCCUAAAGCGACGGAGAGCAAGAUCAUGCGCGACGUGCUCCGGAAGGGCGACCAUUACUUUCGGUCAGGUGACCUAGUGAGCUGGGAUCGGGAGGGUAUCAUGCGUUUCCACGACCGUAUAGGUGAUACGUUCCGAUGGAAGAGCGAAAACGUGGCGACGACGGAAGUGAGUGAGGCUCUGGGCUCGCACCCGGCCGUACAAGAGGCCAACGUAUAUGGUGUGCAACUACCGAACCACGACGGAAGAGCUGGGUGCGCCGCGCUCGUCUUAUCUCAGGGACAGCCUGACGACGCUUUACUACAAUCGUUGGCCAACCACGUACGUAGCAAGCUGCCGAAAUACGCGGUGCCGAUAUUUUUAAGGCUUGGCAAGGGCAUUACCACGCAAGUUACGGACACGAACAAGCAAAAGAAGCAGGAGUUGCGAAUGCAAGGCGUGAACCCUGCGCUUAUCGGCGAUGACGAGCUUUAUUGGCUCAAAAAUGGGACUUACGUCAAGUUCACCAAGAACGACUGGGACCGUUUGAAUGGGGGUCAAGUGAAGCUUUGA